AUGACUAUAGAAGAUAAAUUUGAAGAGUUAAAAGUGGAUGAUAACACACCUCAAGAACAAAUCGCCGAGGUUCAAGCAUAUGAAGAAGCCGAUACACGUAUAGGACGUGAUGAUCCAUUCACUUUUGGUCAACGUAAAUUACAAUCAGAAGAAGAAGUAUGGAAUCAUAAUGCGUGGGAUAACGUUGAAUGGGGUGAAGAGCAAGUUAAAGAAGCUCAAGAGAAAAUUGCUAAACAAUAUGAAGCUCCAGUGAAAGAUUUUGAUAAAAAGUUAUAUAAUGGGAAUCCUGCUAGAUACUGGGAUAUUUUUUACAAGAAUAAUAAGGAAAAUUUCUUCAAAGAUAGAAAAUGGCUACAGAUUGAAUUUCCACAAUUAUAUGAAGCUACAAAAGAGAACUAUGGUCCUGUUACUAUCUUUGAGAUUGGAUGUGGUGCUGGUAAUACACUUUUCCCAAUCUUGAACCAAAAUCAAAAUAAAGAUUUGAAAAUAAUAGGUGCAGAUUUUAGUCCAAAAGCUGUUGAUUUAGUUAAAACAAGUGAGAAUUUCAACCCAGAUUUUGCUCAUGCCGCUGUUUGGGAUUUAGCUAACCCUGAAGGUGCACUCCCUGAAGGUGUUGAACCUCAUAGUGUUGAUAUUGCAGUUAUGGUUUUCGUUUUCAGUGCGUUAGCACCAGAUCAAUGGCAACAAGCUGUUGAUAACUUGGCAAAGAUUUUGAAACCAGGUGGUAAGAUUUUAUUCAGAGAUUAUGGUAGAUAUGAUUUAGCACAAGUUCGUUUCAAAAAAAAUAGAUUAUUAGAUGAUAAUUUCUAUAUAAGAGGUGAUGGUACAAGAGUUUAUUUCUUUACAGAAGAAGAACUGAGAGAAAUUUUCACAAGUAAAUUCAUAGAGAACAAAAUUGGUACUGAUAGAAGAUUAUUAGUCAAUAGAAAAAGACAGUUGAAAAUGUAUCGUAUUUGGUUACAAGCUGUCUUUGAAGUUCCAAAAUAG